AUGUCGGGCGCAGGCGUGCCCGGACUCAACCGAGAGCAGGUUGAGAAGGCCGCCAAGGCUCUUUUAACGUACGCGCAGAAGAAGGGACAGGAGAGCAGUAACCUGCUCCUGGACGACGAGCUCAUCUACCUGAAUAUUGCACUGAAGAAGGUCCCCCAGACGCCACGGAAGGACAAGCCUGUACGGCUAAACAUUCCGCACCCCAUCUAUUGCCUGGAGGGGGCAGAGGGCCACAAGGCCAGCAAGAAGAAGGUGAAGGAGGAGCAGAUUGCCGGAGUUACAAAGGUGGUGGGCCUAUCCAAACUUAGGACAAAGUACGAGAGCCAUGAGGCGAAACGGAAACUCUGCAAUUCUUACGACCUGUUUCUGGCUGAUGAGCGAGUGCUAGGAUCUCUACCAAAGCUCAUAGGCAAAUCCUUUUUCAAGAAGAAGAAGCAGCCCGUGCCAGUCAAGUUGGUGGGAAAGGACUGGUCUGGACACAUUAGCAAAGCUGUGAAGGCCACAUACUUUUUCUGGACGGGUGCGGUCGUGGAGAACGUCAUUGCUGCCCUCAAAGAUGCCCUGCCCCACAUUCCCAAGCAGUGGAAUGGCGUCAAGGCGCUGUACAUGAAGACAGCAGACUCAGUGGCUCUGCCCAUCUAUCAAGCCUCCCCGGUUCCCGAUGUAGUGCGCAUCAAGGCCUGA